ACAAAGCUUUGGAGCCGCUAACUGAGCCGCAACGGGCAAAGACAAGAGGGAGGCGGAGCUACAACUCGUGACUCAGCAGCCAAGCUCUCAUGCUCCGCCCCGCAGCCCUUACAAGGCGAGUCUCGGGACAGUGUGGCGUGGGUGCUUGUGUGCGCGCGCCCUGAGGAGAGGGGGGGCCACGCUAACCAACCCACCCGGCUGAGCGAGUAAGUCGCCGGCCGGGCAGAGGAGAAACGCGCCUUCCGCACCAUCCAUCCGUCUCUGAACUGGGCUGUAUAAGGAGCGGCCAAAGUGGCACCUUUCUGGUUUGGAAGGAAGCCCCACCUUUUUUCCGCCUUGUAAGACUGAGCAGGUUAAAGGCGAGAUAACUUAAGUGAGGAUUCUGAAUUCAGAGAGCCAUCUCUCAUUCCAAGAAAUAUCAUGGCUGAACCAGAUUACAUAGAUGAAGACAAUCCUGAGCUAAUUAGACCUCAGAAACUAACUAAUCCUGUAAAAUCAUCCCGGAAUCAUCAAGACCUUCAUAGAGAGCUCCGCAUGAAUCAGAAAAGGGGUCUUGCUCCUCAAAAUAAGCCAGAGCUGCAAAAGGUGAUGGAAAGACGAAAAAGAGAUCAAGUUAUCAAGCAGCAGAAGGAAGAGGAGGCGCAAAAGAAGAAAUCAGACUUGGAAAUAGAGCUACUCAAGCGACAACAGAAAUUAGAACAGCUUGAACUUGAAAAACAGAAGAUCCAGGAAGAGCAAGAGAAUGCACCUGAAUUUGUUAAAGUGAAAGGCAACUUGAGGAGGACAGCCCAAGAAUCAGCAGAAACCCAAGAAUCCUAGAGGAGGGGCUUCCUUUAAGACUGGAAGCCAUUCCCUCAGUGUCUGCUGAGGAGAGGCUUCUGUAGGAUGUCUCCCCCAUUUACCUGAAUCUGGGUGGAAAAAAAUGUGCUUAUACGAGGUCAACUUCUGGAACAUGUGCAGUCGAAUGAAUGCACAACAGAUAAAACUUGCCAAUAAUAAUAUGGAGAUCAGAGGAUAAACAAGCAACCUGUAGUCAGUUAAAAGACCUGUCCAAAGUACUUGACCAGGGAAACAAAUUUGAGUUGUUGUACCGCUUGCUUAUUCCUGACCCAAGCUUAGUGGGCAUCUCAGGCUAGUGUGUGUGUUAAUUUUUAUUUCCUUGUUCCUACUUUGUGGAGUUCUGCUAUGCAGAAAAGCAAAGUGUUCCAAAACCACUUCUCAUCACAUUUUGUGUGGAAAUUCUGUUUCAGAAAUGAUGACACCCCCCCCCUCGGUGGUCUUUGAUGUAAAUAUAAAUUCCUUUAGACUUGAAGUUGAAUUUAUCUUGUCCACUGCUAGUGUGUGGGCGGAUGUCACAUCAUUGUGGGGGAAUCUCAAAAGCGAGAAAAAUACGAAAAAGCUAAUUUUUAUUUAUUUGUUUCAGUCCUUGAACAGCUAAAAAGUGGUGUUGGCCAUCUGUGAAUUUGUAGCAAAGUACACAUUUGUGCCCUAGAAUGCUCACAAAUGAGUGGCUGGUCUCUUCCUCCACCCAACCUUGCUAAGCAGACAUAUUGCUUUUAUCAUAUUAUUCCUGUGUAAUAUGCACUUGGCCAUGUCUAAAUUGUAGUUGGCCUUUCUUUGAUUCUCUUCCUUAUCUAAUUUCACCAUGGUCUAAAGAACCACACAACUAGCUCUGUGUUCCAGGGGGUGGGGAGGAUUAUAUUCUCUUCAUAGCAAUCCCACUAUGCCACAUGGGCUUUGAAAAAUAGUUUGUGGAUCAGUUUGCCCAACAUCAUGGUGACUUGCUGUUCAAAGAAGAGCAACAAUUCAAAAACACACUGGGCAUGCUUGAACUUGAUCAUAUGUUUGGAGCUAAAUUAGUCCUUUGCUUUUAGGAUUCCUCUUGCUCUGUGCAGUUUAAAAACAAAAGAGUGUAAAAUUUAGUGGUACAAUUAAAACAUUUUAAAAUGCCGGUCAAAGCUUGGCUGCAGGAUGGAAUAUUUCAAAACUUGAACUCAUUAACUUCCAUACCUGUUAGUUCAAUCUUAUACUUGUCUACUUGGAAAUAAAUUCCAUUGAGUUCAACAGGUAAGUGGGUACAGCAUUGCAGCCUAAAUUGCCUAGGCAUUUUUGGGAUGGGCAAGGAGAGAAUGACCCAGCUGGUCAUCUUCUUGAACAAGCUUGUUUCUGUGAUUGGUUUUCCUCUUCAUUCAGUGACAAUACCACUGAAGCCCAUAUACAGAACAUUAUAUUGUGCCGGCAGGGAGGGGGAACUCUUGCAGUACGAGCCUGUCCUGUAGGGCUUCUUGAGGAAAAAUGCUAAGCUUGUCCCAUUUUUCUAUCCAUCGACAUUUCAAGUUAGAUUUUGACACCUUUGAAAAAUUAUAUUUUGGUAGUAUGGGUCUCUGUACGGGGCAGCCUAUGGUGACACAGUCUGGUCCUUAGAUGGCUUUUUGCAGUUUUCUACACAAUCUUGAGAAAUCACCUAUGUGUUCAGGGUGUUUGAGCUAUGAAAGUCAGCACGCUUAUGCAUAAAACUGGAAACAAACAUUAACCUAGAAUAGACAUUCUAUAUACAGUCUGAUCUUAGUACACUUUUGUGUGAAAAAAUGGAAAUGGACUGCCUUCAAAAAAAUUUGCUUUUUUGUUUCUGGGUGUACAGAUAAGUGAGCAACGGUCACUGCUGUAAAGCUGCAAAGCCAGCUUUUCAACAAAUGCCAAAAUGGGUGUGUGAAAGAUUCCAUAUAGGUGCAGGUUGUACAAAUGUCAGUAGCAGCAGUUCAAUAAUGGCUUACAUUUGCAUUAGAUGAGGAUCAGGUCCAUAGUCUUGUUCUAGAAAGCUAAGCAAAAUGAAUCUGUCUUUUGCGAUUACAUCUAAGCAAAAUGCUCGGCAGUGUUUGAUGCCAACACCAACUUGUGUAAGUGAUGUGUUUUAUCAUUGCUGCAGGCACUGGAAAUUGGAAAAACAAUUGCAGUACUGGACUUGACAAUGAGCAGUCUUCCCUUUGGCAUAAUGCUUUUCAGAUUGUCAAGACCCAAGCAGUUCUUCCGAGAAUAAAAUCGCAUUAUAAAUCCCAGUCAAUGAUAAAUAAGUUUUUGCUGGGAUUUAAUUUACUUCUAAUUUAAAUCCUGACACAAAUUAUUUAUCAUUGAUUUGGAUUUAUAGUGCUGCAUGCAUUUUUAGAAGAAUAUGAAGGCCAUUGAUAAAGCAGUGGUGUUGGAUUGACUACCAUAACAUAAAGGCAAUAUUUGAGAGCUUUGCUUUAGCUACAAUGGCAUCUUGGGCUUCUUUUGCAAAACAGAAACCUUAAUACACUAGCCCAGCCUUUCCCAACCAGUGUGCCUCUAGAUGUUGCUGGACUACAAUUUCCAUCUUUCCUGACCAUUGGCAAUGCUGGCUGAGGCUGAUGGGAGUUGUGGUCCAACAACAUCUGGAGGCACACUGGUUGGGAAAGGCUGCACUUGCUUAUUUAAUUUCCUUUUCUCCCAUUAUUCUGAAGGCGGAAGUUGGGGAGCCUUAUAACCACAAAAAGCUCACAGUUCAUAUACUUGAAUUGCAUUAGGUUUGUCAUCAAUCUUCUUUCCUUACUUUGGCCUAUUAUUUUGUCCUGGAUACAAGGGUUUGGGUGAAGGGUAUGAAACCCCAGAAAAACUUGCCUUAAUGGUUUUAUUAACUGCUGCAUUUUUCUCAUACUCUCCCCACAUACUCGUUCUAUGUAGACAAAUUAGGUACACUUCUGGAUUCCAAUUCCACAGCAAGCCUCUGGUUGAAUAGGUAUAUUAUGGUGUUACAACACCUUGGGGUCAUGAUUCCAAAAUAAAAUAGAGGUGUUUUAGCCCAAAGCCCUCUGAACAUAAUAGAAAAGAGCUAUAAGGUGAUACAGAGAAGUGGGCCAGACCUUUAGCUGAACACACUGUAGAACCUCUCUGUUCCUAAGUCGUCAUAGAUGUGAUCAACUGGUUUGUGAGGGUAAGGACGGAUGCUUCAGAUAGCUCUGGGGGGGACCUGUUUUGUAGAUAUAGUACGUACAUAGUAAUUGGGAGGGGAUAACAUUACUAUAGCACUAGAGGAAUGUAAACAUGAUUUUAGCCCAUAUAAGAAGUCUGCCAGACCUUUUGUGUGUGUAGGAAUCCAGAAUUUUGUUUUGGGUUGAUAGGAGGAAUGACUUGACAGAUGCUGUCAAAUUGUUUGAAUUUUUUUCUUUUUCUUUUUUUAAUUCUGUGUCCAUGGAGGUGAGUUGUUGACAGCUCUCACAGCUGACUCUGUUCUCCUGACCAUUUUCAAAAGUUCCCAUUUGCUAGAUAUUUUCAGUUGAGCUACCUUGAUUUAAAAAUGUCUGACUCUUUGUACAAAUUGCCUCUUAAUGGAUCAAUGCUUUUAAAACUUUGUUUUUAGCAAGUUAAGGUAGCAAAUUAAUAUUGCCUCCCAUUUCUUUAAGUGAUGUUAAUCUCUGUUAUGUCUUCACUUGUUUCUGAGUGUACAUAUAUAAAUAUUAAAAAGGGAGCCUUAAUGGGAUUUGUUUUCAUAAUUUAAUAUUUUUUGUAUUUCCUCUUGCCUAUUUGUUUUUAACAAAAUGUUACAAAAAUGAUGGUGUACUUCUUAGAACCAAAGUUAAUACUUAAUAA